AUGCCACGAUCGUCAAGAGCGUCGCGAGCGCCGUCGUUAGUAACCCUCGCGGUGGCACUGGUGCUUGUAGCGGGGGGCGCGAUUCGCGGCGGCGAGUGCAUGUUGCGAACCAUGCGGCUCGUCACCCUGUCGAAUAACGCGCUCGGCGCCAGAUGUCUUGACGGCAGCGACCCCUCGUAUUUUUUCCGCCCAGGCGCCUCUUCUACCCCGCCUGUCAAGCGAACCUCCCCGCGCGCGGCCGAUUCUCCAGUAGCAGGCGGCCACGUGGCAGGCAGCGGCCAGUCCGUCAAUCGGCGGUGGUUCGCCAGCAAAAGCAGCGGGAUCUCCGCGGGAAAACCAAACCAAUGGGGAUCGUCGUCGCCGGCGGGCGGCGCCGCGGGUCGCGACACGUGGCAGCCAGCGCAAACGCCGGGGGGGGACCCAGCGAUUCGGAUUCACAUCCAUCUGCCGGCGGGAGGGUGGUGCUUCAACGCGCAAGAGUGCCUUAAUCGCUCCUUGACCUUCCUCGGUUCCAGCUCGGGUUGGCCCACUAUCAUCCCCGAGUCCGUCCCCAUGGGCGGAAUUCUAAACGACGAUCCGGUCGUGAACCCGCUAUUCGCGGACUGGCCCCUCGCGCGGAUCAACUACUGCGACGGGGGGGGCUUCGCGGGGCAGCGCGGGCGCAUCAACGUCACCGUCCCGGGCGCGCCAGUCAGGGGGAGGCAGGCGGGGGGGCAAGGGGGAAAGCAGGGGCGGCUGCUGGCGGGGAUGAAGCCCGGACCAGGGGGGUCGGGGGGAGCCGCGGGGGGGGGGGGGGCGGUGGGGGGCGGGGGGAGCGGGGGAACAGGGGGAGCGAUCGGGGGGAAGCCGGGGGGGUCGGUGGGGGGGAAGCAGAGGAUCGUACCUCUUUACAUGGAUGGGUGGAACGUCGUUCGGUCCAUCAUAGAUGGUGCGUUCUUUUGGGAGUGA